AUGGAUAUUGAAAAUGAUAAAAUGACAUGUAAUGAAAAUUCUCAAUCGGAUAAAAAUGUACAUUGUUUUACUAGUAAUUCAGCAGGAGACAUCACAUUUUCCAUUUUUAGUUACAUUAAAGAAGCCAUCAAGAUGAUGGCACUAAUGAGAAAUCAUCGAAUGCUUACCGAUGUGAUAUUAGAAGUCGGUGCAGAAUCGUUUCAUGCUCACAAAGUUGUACUCGCAGCUGCUAGUCCAUAUUUCAAAGCCAUGUUUACAGGUGGAUUGAGAGAAUGUGAAACAUCUCAUGUUAAAUUACAAGGAAUAUGUCAAACAACAAUGGCAAGGUUAUUGCAUUUUAUGUACACUGGUGAAAUAAAAGUGACAGAAGUGACAGUUUGUCAAAUAUUACCAGCUGCGACAAUGUUUCAAGUUUCCCAUGUUAUCGAUGCUUGUUGUGAUUUUCUAGAAAGGCAAUUACAUCCAUCGAAUGCAAUCGGUAUUGCUAAUUUUGCCGAACAACAUGGAUGUAAGGAACUGUCGAAAAAAGCGAAUCAAUUUAUCGAAAGACAUUUUGUUCAGAUAUGUAAAGAAGAAGAAUUUCUCCAGUUGUCUGCAUUACAAUUAGUUACACUGAUAAGAAAAGAUGAGUUAAAUGUACAAGAAGAAAAAGAAGUUUACAAUGCUGUUUUGAAGUGGGUUAAGUACGAUGAAGAAAGUAGAAAUCCAAAAAUGGAAAAUAUUUUAUACGCAGUACGAUGUCAAUAUUUAACCCCUAAUUUUUUAAAAGAUCAAAUGAAAAAUUGUGACGUUUUAAAAAAACUUCCUGCUUGUAGGGAAUAUCUGGCAAAAAUAUUCCAGGAUUUAACUUUGCAUAAGAAACCUUGCGUCAAAGAGAGAACUCCAAACACUACGAGAAUAAUUUACAUAGCCGGUGGAUAUUAUAAACAUUCCCUUGAUAUUUUGGAAGGUUACAACAUAGAUGACAAAACGUGGGUCCAAUUAGCUAAUUUAAGACUACCAAGAUCGGGAUUAGGGGGGGCAUUUUUAAAAGGUGAAUUUUAUGCUGUAGGUGGUCGUAAUAUAUCACCGAGAGGAAGUUUCGAUUCGGAUUGGGUAGAUAGAUACAAUCCUUUAACCGAUACCUGGAGUCCGUGUUCUUCUUUAAGCGUUCCUAGAAAUCGUGUCGGUGUGGCUGUCAUGGAUGAACUAUUAUAUGCUGUCGGUGGUUCUGCUGGUUUAGAAUAUCACAGAAGCGUCGAAAAGUACGAUCCGGAAGAAGAUCAAUGGACGACGGUUGCGUCGAUGAAAAAUAAAAGGCUUGGAGUCGGUUUAGCCGUUGUCAAUAGAAUAUUGUACGCGAUCGGAGGGUACGACGGUGAAAAAAGGUUGAAUUCUUGCGAAUGUUAUCAUCCGGAAAAUGACGAAUGGAAUUAUAUAAAACCCAUGAAUACAAACAGGAGCGGAGCAGGAGUCGCAGCAUUAAAUCAAUAUAUUUACGUCGUGGGGGGUUACGAUGGUGAAAAUCAACUUAAAACCGUCGAAAGGUACGACACGGAAAAAAAUUUUUGGGAAUUUGUCGAACCAAUAAAAGCAGCUAGAAGUGCUCUUAGCGUUAGCGUUUUAGAUAAUAAAUUAUAUGCUUUAGGAGGCUACGACGGUUUAUCAUUUUUAUCAAUUGUAGAAAUAUACGAUCCGGAAACGAAUUCAUGGGAAGAAUCAACGCCUUUGACAACGGGACGUUCCGGUCAUUCCAGUGCCGUAUCCUAUCAUCAGUGUCCAAAACACAGACGAGGUUUUUGA